AUGGGCGGUCUUCCCUUCGAUGAGGCACCGUCGCUGUUCGAGGUGGCCCGGACGCUAAAGCAGGCUGCCUCAUGCCAAGAGCCUCGCGUUUCGGAUCUAACUAGUUGGCUGGCGCCCCCUGCCCCGCUUUUCGCGGCCGCCAUCUUGCUGGGGGCCUCGGCCACUGUUCCCAUCGUCUGCCCCUCUCCUUCCUCCCCUCGCUUGGGGCUGUCGUCUGGAAGUUGUCUCUUUUUUUGUAGAGGUAAGAAGUAUGGAGAAACAGCUAAUGAAUGUGGAGAAGCCUUCUUUUUCUAUGGAAAAUCGCUUCUGGAGUUGGCAAGAAUGGAGAAUGGUGUUUUGGGAAAUGCCCUGGAAGGUGUGCAUGUGGAAGAGGAGGAAGGAGUAAAAACAGAAGAGGAAUCUUUGGUAGAAAACAAUGAUAACAUUGAUGAAGAAGCAAGGGAAGAGUUGAGAGAACAGGUUUAUGACGCCAUGAAAGAGCAAGAAGCCAAAAAAUCAGAAGACAAGUCUCUGGUAAAGCCUGAAACUCAUAAAGAACAAGAGACUGAAAUGGUGAAGGGUGGAAGAGAAGACAUGGAUUUAAGUGAGCAUGUUGUAGAAGAGCCACAGAAAAAAGUUGAAUCAACUCCAGAUGAGUUAACUGAAACUACCAAAGAGGUGAACGUGGCAACAAGAGGACUGGAUGAAGCUGAAGUUGCUUCCGGGGAGCCAGAACACAAAGCACCCAAUUCUGUUGAAGGGAAAUUGGUGUCUGGAACAGACAUCGAGGAAGAAAGGUGCAGAGAAAAUGAAGGUCAGGGGAAGCAGGCAGAGGUUACUAUGAGCCUGGAGGAAAAGCCCAAAGAAGCAGAACCGUCUGAUGUGAGUGUGGAAGAGCAGGGCACUGCAGUGGAGGGAGGAGCAGAGUCUGUAGAUCCAAUAGUCAAGCCAUUGGAUGUGGGUGGGGAGGAGCCAAAGGAGCAGGUAGCUCCAUUUGAAAAAGAGCCAGGAGAGACUGUUCCUGAGGAACCUCUAGUAGGCCAAGAAGUGCCCCUUGUUGAAGAGCCAUCCGAGGUGAGAACAGGGGUUGCCAACGAGCCUGGAGCAGAAGACUCUGAAAAGCCUAGGCAGGUGGCUAAGGCUCCUUCUCCAAAGGAUGGUAAAGUCAAUGAACAGCCAGCUUCAGGAGAACAGACUCCUAUUGAACCGCAAACAUCUGCAGAAGGACCUGCAGGACAAAAAGAUGAAUCAGGAGUAGAGGAUACUGUCAGGGCAGAGCUGAUUCCUAGCAAGGUGGAGACUAAACUGUCUAUAGAACUAUCUGCAGCUGGAGAUGAGGUUGAGACCAAGGUAGCCCAGGGAGCUCCGGAGAAAUCACCUGAAGACAAAGUUAAGAUAGCUGCUAAUGAAGAAACACGAGAGAGAGAAGAACAGAUGAAAGAGGGUGAAGAAACUGAAGGCUCAGAAGAAGAAGAUAAAGAAAAUGACAAGGCUGAAGAAAUGCCAAAUGAUUCUGUUCUUGAUAACAAGUCUCUUCAAGAAAAUGAAGAGGAGGAGAUUGGGAACCUAGAGCUUGCCUGGGAAAUGCUGGAUUUAGCAAAGAUCAUUUUUAAGAGGCAAGAAACAAAAGAAGCACAACUUUAUGCUGCAGAGGCACAUCUUAAACUUGGAGAAGUUAGUGUUGAAUCUGAAAAUUAUGUGCAAGCUGUGGAGGAGUUCCAGGCUUGCCUAAGCCUGCAAGAGCACUACCUAGAAGCCCACGAUCGUCUCCUUGCAGAGACGCACUACCAGCUAGGUCUGGCCUAUGGGUACAAUUCCCAGUACGAUGACGCAGUCGCACAGUUCAGCAGAUCCAUGGACGUCAUUGAGAAGAGAAUGGCUGUGCUAAAUAAGCAGAAGGAGGAGGCUGGAGGAUCACCUACUGAAUAUGAGAAAGAAAUUGAGGAGCUGAAGGAACUACUACCUGAAAUUAGAGAGAAGAUAGAAGAUGCAAAGGAGUCCCAGCAUAGUGGGAAUGUAGCUGAAUUGGCUUUGAAAGCUACUCUGGUGGAGAGUGCUACUUCAGGUUUCACUUCUAGUGGAGGAGGCUCUUCAGUCUCCAUGAUUGCCAGUAGAAAGUCAGCAGAUGGUGCUUCCUCAUCAAACUGUGUAACUGAUAUUUCCCACCUUGUCAGGAAGAAGAGGAAACCAGAGGAAGAGAGUCCCCGGAAAGAUGAAGCCAAGAAGCCCAAACAAGAGCUGGAGGUGAAUGGAGGCAGAGGGGACGCAGCCCCCGGUGGAAAUGACAUGUCUGAAAACAUGGAGGAGGCUGAGACUCAGGCAGAAAGCCGGGCAGCAGUGGAGGGCGGAGCUACAGUUGAAAGCACUGCAAGUUAAAGAGAGGGAAGAGUGAUUUUCCUUCUGAGACAAAGUGUUUUUUUUUUGUAUAUAAUGUAUUUUUUCACUUUUGGGGGAUUCUUUUUGUAUAACUUCAAUAAAGAUUGUAAGCAAAG